AUGAGUAAGCAAGAUCUACAGCAGGAAAUCAACUUUACUUCACCACGGCAACAAGAGUACACUGUUAUGGAAUCUGACAUCAGUGCUGUGUCAUACUCAGAUUUGUUCCAAGUUCAUUUCUUUGGAAUUGUUCCAAACGAUAAAAAGUUAUCAUUGAUGAACCAUGUUAAGCUAUACUGGGAAAAUGUAACAGCUUAUAGCAAUGUAGAGUUGUCUUCAGUAUCAAGAGAAAAUACGUUUGAGGAUUUGACUGGAAAAUCAUUGACAACAUUCACGUUUAUCGUUACUGCUGAUGGAAAUAUGCUAUACCCAACUCUGACUGAACCUGUCAAUUACACCAAGAUGGUCAUACCUGAGGUACAGGUGUUUCCAGGGAAGAAACAUGUGACCAGGUACAGUUUGUGUUUCAAGUUGGUACUGCAGUCUCAACAUAUUCCAAUCAACAAGACAAUUAUAAAGACACUACUGGAGAAUGCUUGGAAUGCUUCAAACUUGGGAUACUUGGUACGUGUAAUAUCAACAGAACCAUCUGUAGGUGACCUUGGUACUCAUUUGACUUCUGUCCUGUAUGAUGCUGAGAAUAAAGAAGGAGAGGCAGUAACCCCUGACAUGGAGAUGGAACCAGAUACCAUAGUAAUGAGGAAAGAGGCAGAAAAGCAGAAAAUUCAGGGGAAAUUAUAUUCUGCAGCAGAAUAUAGAAUUAAUACAUUGUUUACUGCUAGCGUCAGAUAUGAGAAUACAAUGACAGUUACUGAUAGUCACAAUGUUGCGAAUAUGCUGAAUCAUGCUAUAGCAAAUACAACAAAAGAUCAAUUAAAGAGUAUUAAAACACAUAUAUUACUGAAAAAGGACUAUGUGUCCUCUUCUAACACCAGUGUUAAGAUUGCAAAGCUGUACUUUAAGCUAGAAAUAAAUAACACCACUAGAAAACUAUGGGAGACAUCAUUAGCCACACUGAAAUAUAAGCUGGACAAUCAGCUAGACCCUAAGGUACAGACAGAUACCACAAGUAUUCCUCACAGGAAGGUUUAUGUUUUAUACCUCAAGGGAAAGGUCCAGAACUCUGACAGACUUCUUUCUGUUUUGAAACUUAAUUGGAUGUCUGUUGCACCAGAUAAACCAGUUGUAGUUAAAAUGAUUGAUACCAGCAUAUAUGUAGAUGUCAGUUGGAAUAUAGUGACAAAAGUGAGAUACAUUGUUAGUAUCAAUGAUACAGACCCAGAAUCAAAGGGCAUUGACCCUCCAAAAUACAGUGCUCUAAAUGUUAACCUGACACAGUGUGGCUGUAGUGCUACUAGUCUGAAGAAACAUUAUGUAUACUCUAAAACUAUCAACUCAACUCGAGUUAGAACUGCUAUUAGUACAGUGUGGAAAGAUGCCAACAAAGGACUGUCCAGUACAUCAUUAUUGGUUAGAGUAAAACAACAGUCCAGGAGACAAAAGAGAGCUACUCAGCCAUCUCAUAAACUGGUUGAUGGAAAUGGAUAUAUAGAAACUGAAAUAAGCAAAAAGGAUCAGCAAGACAAGAUCUACAAAUAA